AUGAUGACUAUUGAUCCUAGAAUUGAAACCGGGAAGUUAUUGACCAAAGAAGAUGCAGGAGUACUUAUACGAGAAGAUAAAACUCUUGUUUCUCCUUCCACUAAGAAACGAAGAGUUGAAGACAUGACAAAGAGGAUUUCUAAGAAGACUAAGAAGACAAAGAAAAGACAGCUGGUUAUUCCAACAGCAUAUUCUGAAGACGAAGAAGUGCCUGAAACUCCUGAAGCUAUUCUUAUCAUCGAACCUUCAUCUCCUGAGAAGACUAUAGUCAUACCACCCGAAGUUUCAUCUGCCAAAUCAUUACAUGAGGAGGUACGAACAUCACUAAAAAUGUAUCUAAUACGUAUGUAA